AUGAACCGUUGGCUUUCACCCAAUUCCCCUACCACAUCUUCUCUAGUCUCUUCAAGUUCAUCUACCAGUAGAAAUUCUACUUCUUCUUCUAAUCUUGAGUACCUCUAUGAGUUUGAGUAUCUUCCUGACGACAGUAAGGUUCCUCUUACUGAUCUUCCUUUCCUCAACCCAUAUAAUGCUUUUGUCCGUCCACAAACCUCUGUAAAAAAGACAGUCACCCAACUCUUCUCUACAAAGUGUCCAACCUCAGUAAAAGAAUCUGAACUUCUUAAGCUUCUCCCAGAAAAAUGGGUUACAGCUUUUGAGAAUAACCAACACCAGCCCAUACCUGUCCAAUCUUCAAACCCACUUUUUGAAACCAAACCCGUUGGCACGGUAGAAAUUUCUUUCCCAAGAGAAGCGUCUGCCUCACCUGCAACCCAUCCAGUCAUCUUUCCCUCAAGGAUUGACAUGUUUGUUGAUGGUUCUAAACCAGAACCUCCAAUUAAAUAUUUUCAAUCUAGUGGUCUUCCAGUCUUCUAUUUCAAGCACCCAGAAACAGGUCAUUGUUACUUUGAUGCCUGUAACUGUGAUGAAUGUUCCGAAGAAAGUUUUCUAGAUGACGAUGAUGAGUCUGACAAUCCUUGUCCCAUUUGUCCUCAGUCACCCCAGUCAACUCCUAUACCUUGUAAAUCUCCACCUUCUCCAAAGUUACCAUCCAAAAAUGACCCUUCAGCUCAACCCAGUGGUUGUUUCAUGUUCACCCCAUCCCCAUCUUUCACUGAUGCAGAUUUUCCUCCAUUGGAAUAUCAUAACCCUCAAGAAAGAACCACUCACCGUCAUAAGAUUCUUGAUUCAACUACCAUUCACCCUGAUGCACCGGUUACCUCCACUUCUUCUAGACCAACAGAUCCACCAUCUAACCCAAAUUCCAAAGCACCUCAAUUAAUGGUCCAGCCGGUUGUUAGUCCUUCUAACAAUCCAAUCUCCACCUUGCUACAUACCUUAGCCACCAUGCCUGAAACCCCAUCUCCCGAACCAACCAUCGAAUCUGAUUCAGAUAUUGAAUCUACUGAUUCUAUACCGACUCCUCAUGUUUUCAUGAUGAACCCUGAAAACCCAGAAGAGGAUGUUGAGGACCCUCCUAUCAUUGAAGAGGAUCCUGACUAUGCUUUCUCCAAAUGCUACACUAAGUAA